GUAAUAUUAUUGCUGGAGUCGGGAAACAAUAAGAUUAAUCAGCAAAAUUCAAAACAAAACUCAACGUGCUUGAAUUCUGUGAACGAACUACAGCAGGAAAAUACAAAGUUAAAUUCACAGCUUCAGAACAAUACAAUGGAAAUAACUCAUCUAAAAAGUCAACUCCAUGAUUGCAAAUUAAAUGACACAAAUUGUUCGAAAUAUAAUCAUGAUCAACAAAUAUUAUUAGACCAAUGUCAAAAGAGUAAAGAAGAUAUGCAAAAAGAGAUUGAGGAUAGGAAAAUAAUCCAAAAUGAGCUAAACGAUUGUAAAAACUACAGUUCACACAUUGAAAAUCAGCUAACAGUCACUCAACUAAAUUUGACAGAUUUACAAGCGGAAUUGGCGAAGAAUAUUCAAAAGAAGCCCGUGACAAUUCUACCAAAGUCUUGUUUAAAUUUGAGUUCUGGUAUUCAAGAAAUACAACUUCCAAAUAAAGAAAGUAGUAAUGUUCUUUGUGAUGAUGAUGGUUGGAUGAUCAUUCAGCGUCGGAUUAAUGGAAAACAAGAUUUUGAUAAAAAUUGGCAAGAAUACGUAGAUGGAUUUGGAUACUUGGAUGGAGACUUUUGGUUUGGAUUGGAAAAACUGCAUCUCGUUACGAGUUCAAUGCGACACCAAUUACAAAUAUCCGGAAAUAGCUUUUAUUAUGGCUCAUAUUAUGAGGAUCUAUAUGAUGACUUUAGGAUUGGUAAUUCAGACUCCCUCUACAAAUUGGAAUCAAUUGAAAAUCAAUCAGAUAACAUACUUACGAUUAUGAACGAUAAUAUAAACAAAUUAAAGCAAAAAGAUGAUACAAUUGCCAACUUGAAUUCACAAAUAGAUAUCAAAAUAAUCGAGGCAACCAGAGCCAGUGAACGUUACGAUGAAUUAUAA